UCUGCGCAUGAUGAUGCCACAAUGUGCGUUCAAUGAUCUUUGCCCAAAUGACGUCUGUAUCUGUAAUAGCAGAGGCGUACUCACAGUCUGCUUUUCCUUCUUCCAGUGACUCGGCGCGAACAUUAUACGCCGAAGAUGUCGACUACACCACCGAGCACGAUCGGACCUACUGUGGCGACUACUUCAUGCCAGUUGACCAGACCGAGCAAACGCGCCAAUAUGUAGCUCACCAAGUGUACCUCAAGCUGUUUAACCUCGAGCUGACCACGGUACCGUUGCACAACCCUAGCUACAUUCUCGACAUCGGCACGGGCAUCGGUGAAUGGGCGAUAGGAAUGGCGGAAAAGUAUCCGCGGUGCGAGGUGUUCGGAACCGAUAUUGCGCCUAUCCAGCCAACCCAUCAGGUCCCCUUCAACGUCGAGUUUCACAUUGAGAACGCCGAGGACGAGUGGAUUCGCCCAGCUGACGCAGUCGAUUUGGUCCAUUUCCGGAACAUGGAAGGCGCCUUUUCAGACUGGCGCUACAUCUACCAGCAGGCGUACAACUGCCUCAAACCCGGCGGCUGGAUCGAAGUUAUCGACUACGACGACCACUUCACCUCCGAGAACUUCCUAUCCUACUUCGCGCCAGACUCGCCCGCACACCUGUUGGCCAAAGGGGUUUUGGAAGCCGCGCGAGUGGCGGGGCGGCCGCGUGGGAUUGACCACAUGAGCAAGGAACUCCUCGAGGAACUCGGGUACGUAGACGUCAAGGAAAGCGUGUACGACAUGGGAGUCGGUUCCCGCGAAAACAGCAGCUACGGGAGCUUUUAUCUGUUCACGGUCGUCACGGGCCUGGAGGCAUGCUGCUUGCGCUCUCUGACCAAGUUUCUGGGUUGGGAUCCCAAGGUGGUGCGGGACAUGUGUAAGCAGACUGCCCUGGAGACGAGGGCGAUUGCCGAGGACACCUCGAGGACGGGUAAAUUUGUGGUCAAGCUCCGGGUCAUGGUUGCCAGGAAACCAACGGCGCAGGAGCAGUGGCUUGUGGCCAGGGGCACAGUACCAACAGAGUCUGACUGCGGGACGCUUCGGGAUGGAGACCAGAGCACGAUUAGGUCGGUGAAGACGGUGAAGACGGCUAUAUCGGACGCGACGGGGCAAGAAGCGCGGCCCGUUUCUCAACGCUCGAAAAUCACCGAAGGAUGAGAUCUAAAGACACGGAUGAGGGUUUAUCUCUGCUUGAACCGGGGAAAACUGCAUGCGAAACUCGGAAAGAGCAGAGAAAAUGGACGAAGCAGUGUCUUGAGAGGAUGACAGCAUGUCGAGCAGAGUACAGGAUGCUUCGUUGUUGCAUCCCUCUGGUUAUGUAGGUAGAUACCCGGGCGUGCGAACCUGUAUAUGACAGACAUGGAAAUAACUCUUUUGCAAACAUUCGUGUUGCCUAUAGGUGAAUGGCAUAAUUCAACCAAUUAGAGAGGACAAGAGGAAGCCCUUCAAGUGCAACCUACCGACAUGUCGCAUUCGUUCGGUGCAUCAAGCUAUUGGAUAUGUGCAAAAUAAUGCCGAAUAUAUAUAUAUAAAUAUAUAGUUUUUCAGGUUCAUGAUGAAGCAACUAGAACGAGAAUACCGGAC